CUCUCUUUCUCUCUCUCUCUCUCUCUCUCUCUCUCCCUCGCUGUCUCACUCUCUCUCUUUCUCUCCCUCUCCUAUCGCAGCACAAUGAAAGCCUGUGUAUCUCCGUGACUCCGGGCGGGAGCCAGUGUCAGCAAAGCCGCUAACAACAGACCAGAAAGAGAAAGGAAAAUACAAGCUACUUUUCUUCUUUUUUUUUUUCCUUCCAUCUAUAAAGCGGAGCAAUACAAGAGAUAGAACCACAUUGCUUAUUGCAAGUCCAGACCCUCAGAGCCACUGACCGGGGAUGGAAUGUACAAAAGUGGACAGGAAAGUGGCUGGACAUGAUUCGGUGCAAUUUUCUGGAAGUUUGUAAGUUUGACCAUCGUUUGUAAAUUACUCUCGGAAGAGUUUGUCUCUCUUGAUGCUGUAUUAGAAUAGAGCCUGGGGUGAGGGAUAGAAACGUAAGCGGGAAAGAAAAAAAAUGUGUUGAAGGAGCUCUCUCAGUAGCUAGCCACUUCAGAUUUCUUUCAUUUAAGACUAAGAAACAUUAGAGGGAUGAGGAUUUUACCGGGGAUUGGAUUAGCUGAAGAGAAGAGCAUGGUACCAAAGUCCAAUUACUGACAUUGUUAACGAUUGAAAAGCUGUCUCCUUUGGGGAGAAGACAACAUCCUACUGUUACCUCGGCCCCAGGAGAAGAAAACACGAGAGUGAAGAGAAAGGGAAGAAAAAAAUCAAAAGUCAAGACAGUCUCCCUUAAUUUUGCACAUUUUGAACAUUGACUUCAAAAGCAUUCUUAAACAGUAUUGGUUAUUUAUAUUUUAACCUAAGUAAAAAGUCAAGGCUGCCUGUUUCAUAGACCAUGUUGGAAAUGUGUUUCUCUGCAGAAACACCCCCAUAAAUAAUUUUCUGAAGCACUCAGAUGAGGGGGAGUCCAGAUCUCUACUAAUCCUCCUCUCAGUUUCUUUUGCUAUGCAUUUCUGUCUCUUGCCUGACAAUCCCUGAAUUCUUAACUAACCCCUAGACCCUGUGUUUACAAAGUACCUGGAGGCUCUCAUCAGCCCAGCCCAGUGGGAGAAAACAAAUCCACCAACUCUGCCCAACUUCCAGAGCUGUCAAAUGCAAUUAGAGUAAGUUGAUCAGGGUUUGUUUCCAACUUAGUCUCUCCAAUUGGUUGCUAUUCUUUAUCUGAACCCUCGUUUUACUAACUCCCAUCCCCCAUAACUUCUCUUCUGCUCCCCCUACCCCAACCUCUGAAGACCUCUAUUCAUGUGGCCCUGAACACUGAGCUCACAUUGUCAAAACCAGAUUUGCCCUGCGAUAGCCAGCAGUGGCCUCUUCCACCUCACCAUCCUAGAGGCUGAAAUCAUUGUGUCCAGUAAGAUGGGGGACACAGCGCCCCCGCAGGCCCCCGCAGGAGGGCUGGGGGGGGCCUCUGGGGCGGGGCUCCUUGGAGGGGGCUCAGUCACCCCGAGAGUGCACAGUGCUAUAGUGGAACGCCUGCGGGCACGGAUUGCGGUCUGUCGCCAGCACCACCUGAGCUGUGAAGGACGCUAUGAACGUGGUCGGGCCGAGAGCUCAGACCGAGAACGCGAGAGCACCUUGCAGCUCCUCAGCCUGGUCCAGCAUGGCCAAGGGGCAAGGAAGCCUGGCAAGCAUGCCAAGGCCACAGCCACCGCUGCCACCACUCCAGCCCCUCCACCAACCUCUGCUGCCCCUCCUACUACCUCCCAAGCAGCAGCAACAGUAGCCCCACCGCCCCCACCAGACUAUCACCACCAUCACCUGCUGAACAGUAGCAACGGUGGCAGUGGUGGGAUAAACGGGGAACAGCAGCCACCAGCCUCAGCCCCAGGGGACCAGCGGAACUCAGCCCUGAUUGCGCUGCAAGGUUCCUUAAAAAGAAAACAGGUAGUUAACCUGUCUCCUGCCAACAGCAAGAGGCCCAAUGGCUUUAUUGACAACUCGUUUCUUGAUAUCAAACGGAUCCGUGUUGGGGAGAACCUUACUACAGGUCAAGGCAGCCUGCAAGUAAAUAAUGGACAAAGUCAGAUUAUGCCAGGAGCCUUGCCCAUGAGCCAAGCACCCCUGAGAAAAGCUAACCCUAUGCCACCCUCUGCACAUUCUCCUGGCAAUGGUCUGUUUAACAUGGGCUUGAAGGAGGUGAAGAAGGAACCAGGAGAGACCCUGUCUUGCAGUAAGCACAUAGAUGGCCAAGUGACCCAGGAGAGUAUUUUCACUAAUAGGUAUGGAGAGGACUCCGGAGAGCAGCUGAUGGACCCUGAGCUUCAGGAACUGUUUAAUGAACUAACCAACAUAUCUGUGCCUCCCAUGAGUGACCUUGAGCUGGAGAACAUGAUCAAUGCCACCAUUAAGCAGGAUGACCCAUUCACCAUAGACUUAGGUCAGCAAAGCCAGAGGAGCACUCCCAGGCCCCCUGUGCCCAUGGAGAAGAUUGUGAUCAAAAGCGAAUUCUCACCUGGCAUGACACCAGGCCCCUCAGGCUCUCCACAGCUGAGGCCUCCAUCAGCUGGUCCUGCAUUCUCCAUGGCCAACCCUGCCCUCUCCACCUCAUCCCCCAUCCCUACAGUCCCUCAGGGCCAGGCUCAGCCUCAGACAGUGUCAGGAGGAGCAAGCCGGGCCCUGCCAAGCUGGCAAGAGGUAUCCCAUGCCCAACAGCUCAAACAGAUAGCUGCCAACCGCCAACAGCAUGCCCGGAUGCAGCAGCAGCAGCAGCACCAACCUCCCAAUUGGUCAGCCUUAGCAUCUUCCACUGGACCAUCCCCAGGGCCAUUUGCACAGGACAAAAUCCCUAGUCCUUCUUUUGGCCAACAGCCAUUCAGCCCCCAGGGAUCCCCUAUGCCCGGGGUAGCUGGCAGUAGCAACCAGUCAAAAGGAAUGGCCAACUACAUGUAUAAGGCUAGCCCCUCGGCCCAGGCUGGGCAUCUGGAUGUGCUCUUGCAGCAAAAGACUCAGGAUCUCACUCGAAGUUUUAUUAACAACCCACACCCAUCCUUGGAGGCUCGGCAUGGCAACACCAAGCCACUGUUCCAUUUUAACUCAGACCAAGCAAACCAGCAGAUGCCUUCUGUUUUGCCUUCCCAAAACAAGCCUUCCCUCUUACACUAUACCCAGCAGCAGCAACAGCAGAGCUCAAUAGUAGCUCAGCAGCAGCAGCAGCAACAACAGCAGCAGCAGCAGCAGCAGGGCUCAGUGGCAGCUCAGCAGCAGCAGCAGCAACAGCAGAACUCCAUUACCACGCAGCAGCAACAGCAGCAGCAGCAAACACCACCCCAGCCCACCCAGCCUUUAUCAAGCCAGCCUCUGCUAAGGUCUCCCUUGCCACUUCAGCAAAAGAUCCUGCUUCAGAAAAUGCAGAAUCAGUCCAUCGCAAGCCUGGGUUAUCAAGUCUCUCAGCAGCACCGACAGGACCAACACUCUGUGGUAGGCCAGAACACAGGCCCCAGCCCAAGUUCCAACUCCUGUUCAAAUCCAAACACUGGAAGUGGUUUCGUGAACUCCCAGCAGUCCCUGCUGAGUCAGCAGCUGCUGGGAAAGAAGCAGACCCUCCAGAGACAGAUCAUGGAGCAGAAACAGCAGCUUCUCCUGCAGCAGCAAAUGCUGGCUGACACGGAGAAAAUUGUUUCACAAGAUCAAAUAAACCGACAUUUGACAAGACCACCCCCAGAUUACAAAGACCAAAGGAGAAAUAUGGGCAAUGUACAGCCAGCUGCUCAGUAUGCUGGUGGCUCAUCUGCAGUGAGUUUAAACUCUAGCCAGGCUUUGACAAACCCAGUUUCAACACAUACCAUUUUAACUCCAAAUACCAGCCUCAUGUCUACAUCGCAUGGGACAAGAAUGCCAUCGUUAUCCACAGCCGUGCAAAACAUAGGGAUGUAUGGAAAUCUGCCUUGUAGUCAGCCCGGCACAUACAGUAUCACUUCACCCAUGAGCCAACUGACCCAACAGAGAAAUACCAACCAACUGAUAACCAGUCAAAACAACCCUCUGAUGCCCCGGCCAUCUUCCUUAGGGCCAAAUAACAAUAGCAAUGUGGCCACUUUUGGAGCUGGAUCUGUUGGCAAUUCACAACAAUUAAGACCAAAUUUAACCCACAGUAUGUCAGGCAUGCCAACACAGAGGUCAUCCAAUGUCAUGAUUACUCCCAACACAACAGCACCAACCUGGGGUUCUCAAGAAGUAACCACCAAACAGCAGGAAGCCCUGAAGUCCACAGGAGUCCGCUUCCCUGCAGGUACUCCUGCAACAUAUACCCCAAACCAGUCCCUGCAACCUACUGUGGGGAGCCAACAAUUUUCCCAGAGGGCAGUGGUGCCCACUACCCAGUUAACACCAGCAGUUCAGAUGAGACCUAUGAACCAGAUGAACCAGACAUUAAAUGGACAAAACCUGGGUCCUCUCAGGGGUCUAAACCUCAGGCCCAGUCAGCUCAGCACAGAAAUUUUGUCUAGUCUGAACCCGACAGGACCAGGGUUGAAUCAAUCAAGGACAGGUGUCAGCCAGCCGCCAUCCCUGACACCCAAUAGUUUUCCUUCAUCCAACCAAAGUUCCCAGGCUUUUCAAGGGACUGAUCAAGGCAGUGAUUUAGCGUUUGACUUUCUUGGCCAGCAGACCGAAAGCAUGGGCCCUGUCCUGAACAGCGACGCGGACUUCAUUGAUUCCUUGUUGAAGACAGAGCCUGGCAACGAUGACUGGAUGAAAGACAUCAAUCUCGAUGAAAUCUUGGGAAACAACUCCUAAGGACAGAGGGAAGACAGUUUGCAGACCUCAGGCACUCAGAGGCAGAAUUUACAAGGCACUGUAAAUGCCAAACUAUUGACUUCCUGGACUGCACAAAGAUAUGAUGACUUCAAAAUGGAAAGCAGGACGCAGCAGCAGUGGUGAACAUGCUCCUUUAAAAUCUCCAACCUGAAAGUAAAGAUAUUAGGAUCAUUUUUCCCUGCCGAAACUUCAGAACUUAUUAUCCAACUCAUCCCAGCAGAACUAUGAUGUUGCCGGAUAAUUAAUUAUGUAAAGCAGACAUCCUGAGUUCCUUUCUCACUGAAGGAAAUGUCAUGGAAUUUGUAGCUGUUCAAACUCUGUAUCAUGAGGAGGCACUUGUUCCAAGCAACAAGCAACAAAUUCCAUAAUCUGCUCUAGUAGAUAUGUGUGGUUUGAUUUCUCCACUGUCUUUCCAUUUAGUUUCCCUAAAGCUUGCAGAAAAGAUUGAAAAGUCAUAGGUUUCUUUGGAGUACUUCAACAGUAUGUUAAAUAAGAGAAAGCCAGAGACCCUAGAAACCAUCAAGUAAAUUAGAGAAUUUCUCCCCUUGAUUCAUCCAUGAUUUUUACAAUUUUCCCACGUAUCCUACACUUUAUUCGGAUGCUGUGCCUAGUAAUGGAACACCAAUGCAAACCUGUGUUACCUGAUCAGGACUUCCACAACAAACUUCCCAAUCACUUCCUAACCAAGUUUUAGAUGUAACCCAGACCCAUCCCAAUCAUAGUGAGACAUCAGAACACAACUGUCUGCAUCAGAUCGCACUUGGAAGGGAAUAAAGGACAUUGCCAUACAGGAGUUGAUGAGGCCACAGCUAACCUGAUAUAUUCUAAGUGUGAUUGGUGCCCACUAGUUUGUUCCCAAGUAGAGUGAAACUGUGCCUGGUCCUCCUGUUAUAUCAGUGAUUAGAGGUUGAUUUGUAAGAAAAUAAAACUUGGAAUCCAAAAGUAAGUUUAGAGAGCAUCAUGUUUUGAUUUGAGGGAAGAAGAGGAGGGGAAGAUAUGUGUGAGAACACAAGUAUUUCAUAGAGUUUAGAGGAAAGCAUAGUUGGGAAAGACAAUAAUACAGCCUUCUUUGAACAUGUGAUAUGGACUUGGGUGAGCAGCUGAAUAAGAAUGUGCCAUCUAUGUAUUCUUUUCUAGAUGGGAUAAUACCUUUCCAGGCACUGCACAAGCUCUUCCUGCCCAUGUCUAAGCACUGUAUCAUAGAACGGUAUUUUGUGGCUGGGCCAUUGACUCUCAGUAUCCACACACACAUGAACCGUAAAGUGGAGAAGAUGCGCAAAUUUGGGUGAAUACAAUAUAUCCCUAUCAUUUUCCUAAUUCUAUAGGCACAAAGGUUACUCUCAACCUUUGAGUUAUGUAUUCACACAUUUAAAUACCAUGUGUGGUUUAAUGAAGUCAUUUAGAUGCCACGUCUUUCCAUAUUUGUUCAAGAAAAUGCUGUGAAAGUUUUGCAAAGCUUUCUUCGGAUCUUUAACCUAUUUCCAGGCAUUUCUUUCCUUUCCACAGCACCAAUAUCACUGGCCCAGAAUCUUUUCUGUGGUAAUCUGUAAAUAUAAAUAACUUGUUUUGUAAACUUUUGUAAAGAAUAUUUUGGUAGAAAUACUUAAAACAUAUUCUUUGGGUUAUAUUUAUACAUAUGUGAAAUAAAUAUACUAUCAAAAGGUUAUAUUUUAUACAAAAAGUAAAUUGUUACCUUUUGUAUGCUAAUAUACAAAGUUUUGUAUAAUAUGAUGGUUUAUUUUUAGCUCUACACUUAAACCAUAGGUGGUCGAGUGGGAACUUUUAAAAACUAUCAAGAGGCUUGCUAGUCAAAUUUAUAUUCUGAAACCUCAAUAAGAAAGCAUUCCAGGUUUCAAUUCCUUCCCAUUUUUUGUUGUUAUUAUUGUUUUUUUUCCCCUUGCUCUGAAAUUCUGUGUUAAGCCCCUAGUUCUUGUGUCUUAUUUGGUUAUUCUGCAGUAUACAUUGUAUUAGUCCUUUUGCAUUGCAUGUGGUCUAUUGUGUGCUUUCCCAUUUUUAUAAGGCAAUGUUUCUUCAUACAAACAGAAAGAAAAGUAAUGUACAUAUAAACAUGUCUGUUUUAUGGCUCCUCCAGGUUCCUGUAUAUAUCUGCCAGCACUCCUCAGUUAUAGUCCUGUAAUUCAGUUUAUUUUUAUCCUAACACAAAUAGUAUGUUUUGUCAUAGCUAUCCAAUUUAAGAGACAAAGCAAUCAGAAUGUUUGAAUUUUCUUCUAUCUUAAUGUGAAUUUCAUAAUUAAUGUCUAUUUAUUCAGCUAUUCAUUAAAAUACAGGAUUCUUUGGAAAAAAUUGGUGUAAUCUAUAGUUUCUGUUUGUUGGCAGCCUGUUACCAAAGAUGAUAUAAUUUUCUUGAAAGCUGAGAUAAUGACAAUUUGAUGGACAUAGUUAAUCAGAGCCUUAGGACUCACAAUGUAAAAGAGCUAGUGGGAUACAACCCCCAGUUAUAGAAGAGACUACUUAGUUGUUGACAUUGUUUAUCAACCUGACAUAUAAUAUAGAAGGUAGAAAUAAUUUUCUUUUUUUUAACUCAAAGACUAGAAAUCAAUGUAAGCAAAUAAUUCUUUCUUGGCUUUGUGAUAAGCCAAUGAAGUCAAGUAACUAUGCUCUAAGUGAAUGCACUAGUAUAACUUACAUUACUGUAACUGUACUCAGAACUGUAAAGGUUGCAACCUGUAAAACAAGUAUUUUGUAUUGUGUGUAAUUCCGUGUGUUAAAAAAUAGUUUUAAAAAUU